AUAAAUAUUUUUGAGCAAUUGUCAAUUAAACUAGUAAGAGUCCAACAACUCACACACACAAACAGAGUGAACACUUAUUAUGUAAAACGUAGAGUUAUUAAUGAAAACUGCAAUAAUUCAGUCAGUUAUGGGAGAGAAAACAUCGCUUUUAAUAAUAGAGGCAAGCCGAUAAGCUUCUUUUUAUCACAUUUAAUUGGAACUAGCUUAAAAUUGAAUUAUAAAAAGUGGACUACUCAAGAAAUCGCAGUUCGCCCGAAAGGCAGACACUGGCACAAAAAGUCAGCUGACUUGCUAUCGAGUCAAACACUUGAAAGAAUAUCGAUAGCACUACCUAUCAGGAUUAUAUUAGAGCGUAUUGAAGAAAAACAAAACAACUAGCAAUGAAUUCCCUAGGCCGUAUUGGCGGCUUUGUCAGUCAAACCAUACAAUAUGCCGGUUGUGGGAUGCAGCAAGUCCGGACGAAAUAUGCUGAUUGGAAAAUGAUACGUGAUGUAAAGCGUCGGAAAUGUGUGAGCGAGCAUGCCAAAGAGCGUUUGCGAGUAAAUUCGCUACGUAAGAAUGAUAUUUUGCCCGUGGAGUUGCGUGAAGUAGCGGACGCAGAGAUUGCCGCAUUUCCACGAGAUUCUUCGCUAGUUCGAGUGCGGGAGCGGUGUGCACUUACGUCACGACCCCGCGGCGUUGUCCACAAAUAUCGGCUAAGUCGUAUAGUUUGGCGUCACCUGGCCGACUAUAAUAAACUCUCGGGAGUCCAACGGGCUAUGUGGUAGAAAAACAUUGCAGGAUAAUUAAGGCAUUUUGUUGAUCAAUAUAAAUUUAAAUAAAUAUUGUAAAAAGUA